UCUCCUCCGGCUACGGAGCUAGACGGGCGAGCCAUGGCGCUGGGGCUGCAGCGGGCAAGGUCGAGCACGGAGCUGCGCAAGGAGAAGUCCCGGGAUGCGGCCCGCAGCCGGCGCAGCCAGGAGACCGAGGUGCUGUACCAGCUGGCGCACACGCUGCCCUUCGCGCGCGGCGUCAGCGCCCACCUGGACAAGGCUUCCAUCAUGCGCCUCACCAUCAGCUACCUGCGCAUGCACCGCCUCUGCGCCGCAGGGGAGUGGAACCAUGUGAGAGCCGAGGGAGAACCACUGGAUGCCUGCUACCUGAAGGCCCUGGAGGGCUUUGUCAUGGUGCUCACCAUCGAGGGAGACAUGGCCUACCUGUCUGAGAACGUCAGCAAACACCUGGGCCUCAGUCAGCUGGAGCUCAUCGGACACAAUAUCUUUGACUUCGUCCAUCCCUGCGACCAAGAGGAGCUCCAGGACGCCCUGACCCCCAGGCCCAGCCUGUCCAAGAAGAAGCCAGAGGCCCCCACCGAGCGGUGCUUCUCCUUGCGCAUGAAGAGCACCCUCACCAGCCGCGGGCGCACCCUCAACCUCAAGGCUGCCACCUGGAAGGUGCUGCACUGCUCUGGACACAUGAGGGCCUACAAGUCCCCAGGUCAGACGGCCCUGGCCGGGAGCCCCAGCUCCGAGCCCCCCCUGCAGUGCCUGGUGCUCAUCUGCGAGGCCAUCCCCCACCCGGGCAACCUGGAGCCCCCCCUGGGCCGGGGCGCCUUCCUGACCCGCCACAGCCUGGACAUGAAGUUCACCUACUGUGACGAGAGGAUCGCAGAGGUUGCUGGCUACAGCCCAGAUGACCUGAUCGGCUGCUCCGCCUACGAGUACAUCCACGCCCUGGACUCUGACGCAGUCAGCAGGAGCAUUCACACGUUGCUGAGCAAGGGCCAGGCAGUGACAGGGCAGUAUCGCUUCCUGGCACGGAGUGGUGGCUACCUGUGGACCCAGACCCAGGCCACGGUGGUGUCGGGGGGCCGGGGCCCCCAGUCAGAGAGUAUCAUCUGCGUCCACUUCCUGAUCAGCCAGGUGGAAGAGAACGGAGUGGUGCUGUCCCUGGAGCAAACGGACCGACACUCUCGCAGACCCCUUCAGCGUGGCACCUCCUCUCAGAAGGAUGCCCCUAAUCCUGGGGACAGGCUUGAUACCCCGGGUCCCUGGACCCUGGCCUUCCUUCACCCCCCUGCCCUGAGCGAGGCCACCCUGGCUGCUGACCCCCGCCGCUUCUGUAGCCCUGACCUGCGCCGCCUUCUGGCCCCCAUCCUGGAUGGGGCUGCGGUAGCCACCACCCCCAGCACCCCGCUGGCCUCCCGGUGCCCCCGAAGUCCUCUCCUGGCUGAUCUCCCAGAUGAACUACUUGCGGCUGCGGAGCACACACACAGACGCUGUGCUGCCAGGAAGAACCCUGAGGUGGAGGACACAGAUCUAGACGUAGCUCCGGACGCCGACGCUCUUGACUUGGAGAUGCUGGCCCCCUACAUCUCCAUGGAUGACGACUUCCAGCUCAGCUCCAGCGAGCAGCUGCCCAGGGCCUUCCACAGACCUCCAGGGACCGUGCCCCGGCCCCGUGCUCAGAGCUUCCACGGCCUGUCACCUCCGACCCCUGAGCCCGCCCUGCUGCCCCGCUGGGGGAGUGACCCCCGGCUGAGCUGCUCCAGCCCUCCCAGAGGGGACCCUUCGGCAUCCUCCUCCACCGCUGGGGCUCGGAAGAGGGCCCUGGCCCAGAGCUCAGAGGACGAGGGGGUGGAGCUACUGGGCGCGAGACCCCCCAAACGGUCCCCCAGCCUAGACCCCGAAAACUUCCUGCUGCCUCCCGUCAGCCUGAUGGGGAAGCCAGAGAGGGCCAGGGGCUGGCUGAAGGUCAUACGGAAGAUUAACGGUCCAGCUGAAGUCAGGACCUUGAUCUUCUAGUUCUGCUAAUGGGUAUGAAAAGGCUUUGCCAAUAUGUGAUAAAUGCCAAGAAGAAACAUCAAAGAAGGUAAAGGGAGCAAUGCAGGUGGCGGGUGUCAGGAGGAACUUUCCCUGUCCGCAUGGGACCCCCUAAAAAGAGGCUUGGUCUCGGACAUCCAGCAGAGAGUUAAGAGUUUAAUUAUUAGAGUCAGGUGGACGCCGGUUCGAGUACCAGGUCUGUCGCUUAGUUACUGAGAACUUGGGCAGUUGGUGUCAACUCCCUGAGCCUUAGUUUCUAAAUCUGGAACAUGGGGAUAGUUAAAUCUCACAGGAUUGCCAUGAAGAUUAAAUGAUCAGGCCUAGAGCUGAUACUCAGUGGGAUCUCAUUUCAUGGUGUGGGAAAACAUGCUUGCCUAGCAUGCAUGAAGCCCGGUACCUUAAAAAGAAAGAAAGAAAGAAAAAGAAAGUAGCAUCUGCCAGUCUCCUUGUUUCCAGUCACGCCCCUGCUGUCCAUUCUGGACAAGAGCAAACAGAACACACUUUCUAAAAGCCAGCCUGGACCACGUUAAUUCCACAAAUCCUCCCUCUACCACCUCCCAUGGCUCCCUAGUGCCCACAGGUUUCCUGGCUUUUCAGUCUGAAGAUUGCGGUUUGAACAUGAAGGGCGUGGUUGGUCGUACCAAUUGUUUACAUUUGUUCAGUGCCAGAUGUGUGCCAGAUGCCGACUUCACUAAGUGCCUCACGUGAUUAACACACACAGUCCUCACGACCACUCUCCGCGUGUCAUUAUUAAGGCGCACAUCACAAGAGGUUAAGCGGCCUUGUCAGCCAGUCUAGACAGGAACGGCACACUCAGAUGGGGUGUCGGGAGAAUCUAACAGCAGAACAGUUGGCAAGGGUGUGGGCAGGGUACAGGGACCGCCGCAGGCCUGCUGGUGCACCGGGGUCAGCUCUGUGGGCAGCAGCGCACCCUCAGCCUGAAGGGGUGACAAGGUGACAGGCUGAGGUGGUCCACAGAGCGACAGAGCCAGCCCACAUCCAGGCUGCACACACAGUCAGCCCCUGGAGCACAGGAGGAUGUGGAGCGACACACUGGGACAGCGACUCGCUCACAGGCCGCCACCAACUCCCACCGUGCCCUGCGCUGACCACCGCACCGUCCCGCCUCCUUGGAUAGUGAUGAUGAUGAUGAUGGUGGUGGUGGAUCUGUCUCUCUCCCCCAGAGUUUCCUCCUGAUGGGAGGCCAAGCCCCAGGGAUCCAGCGGGACCCCCGCUCCCACCUCCUGGACAUGAGUGAGCCUU